AUGGCACCCCCCGCCGCCUCCGCCGAGCUCGACCCGAGCAACGGCUCUAAGAAUACCCUCAAGCUUGAAAAUACCGAGAAGCGUGACACCCUGAUCGCAAUUGAGAAGAAAUACCAAGCACAAUGGAAGGAGAACAAGGUUUUCGAGGUCGAUGCCCCGUCCUUCGAGGAAAUCCCCGAGGGUUCCAUGACCGCCGACCAGAUGCGCGAGAAGCACCCCAAGUUCUUCGGUACUAUGGCUUACCCCUACAUGAACGGCACCCUGCACGCCGGUCACAGUUUCACUGCCUCCAAGGUUGAGUUCAUGGCUGGUUUUGCCCGCAUGCAGGGCAAGCGUGCUCUGUUCCCGCUUGGUUUCCACUGCACUGGUAUGCCCAUCAAGGCCUGUGCUGAUAAGCUUCGCGAUGAGGUGAAGAUGUUCGGCCAGAACUUUGAGGGAUACCAAGAGGAGGAAGCCUCUGCCCCUGCCGCUCCCACCCAGGAGUCCAAGCCCGAGGUUAAGGAACAGGCCGAGAAGUUCUCUGGCAAGAAGAGCAAGGCCGCGGCCAAGACCGUGAAGAUGAAGUACCAGUUCCAGAUCAUGUUGGCCAUUGGUGUCCCUCUGGAGGAUAUUCACAAGUUCGCUGAUGCCAACUACUGGCUGGACCACUUCCCCCCUCUCGCUGUGCGUGACCUCAACAGCAUGGGUGCCCGCAUCGAUUGGCGCAGAGAGUUCGUCACCACCGACGCCAACCCUUACUACGAUGCCUUCAUCCGCUGGCAGAUGAACCGCCUCCACGAGCUGGGCAAGAUCAUGUACGGUAGCCGUUACACCGUUUACUCGCCCAAGGAUGGACAGCCCUGCAUGGACCACGACCGUACCGAAGGUGAGGGUGUCGGUCCCCAGGAAUACACUGCCAUCAAGCUCCAGGUUAAGGAGUGGUCUCCUAAGCUCGCUGAGCUUGUCAAGGGUAAGAUUGAGGAGGACGCCAAGGUUUACUUCGUUCCUGCUACUCUGCGUCCCGAGACCAUGUAUGGUCAGACCAACUGCUUCGUUGGUCCCAAGAUCAACUACGGUCUUUUCAAGUUGAAGGAGAAGGAGUACAUUGUUGUCACCAAGCGUGCUGCCUGGAACAUGGCUUUCCAGGGUCACUUCUUCAGCAACGACAACUUCCCCAAGUCCCAGGACCAGCUGCCGCUUGUCGUCGAGGCUCCUGGUUCUGACUUUGUCGGCACUUUGGUUAACGCCCCUCUGUCCAUCCACUCUGAAGGUGUUUACAUUCUGCCUAUGGAUGGCGUUUCAGCCUCCAAGGGUACCGGUGUUGUCACUUCCGUCCCCUCAGACAGCCCCGAUGACUACGCCACUCUGAUGGAUCUCAUCAAGAAGGCCGAUUUCUACGGUAUCAAGAAGGAGUGGGCCGAGAAGGAGAUCUACCCUGUCAUCGAGACCCCUACCUACGGUAACCUGACUGCCCCCGCCCUGGUCAAGCAGCUGAAGAUCAACUCCCCCAAGGAUGUUACCCAGCUCGCUCAGGCUAAGGAGCUGGCCUACAUGGAGGGAUUCUACAAGGGAACCAUGAUCGUUGGUGAAUACAAGGGCGAGGCUGUCAGCAGCGUCAAGGACAAGAUCCGCAAGUCUCUCAUUGACAGUGGUGACGCCUUCCCCUUUGCCGACCCCAUGGGCAAGGUUGUCAGCCGUAGUGGUGAUGACUGCGUUGUUGCCUACCUCGGACAAUGGUUCUUGAACUACGGUGAGAACGACGCCCAGUGGCAGCAGACCACUCUCAACCACGUUGUCAACACUCUCAACACAUACGCUCCUGAGACCAAGAACGGAUUUGAGAAGAACCUGUCUUGGCUCAACCGCUGGGCUUGUGCCAGAACCUACGGUCUUGGAUCCAAGCUUCCCUGGGACCAGCAGUUCUUGGUUGAGUCUCUGAGUGACAGCACCAUCUACAUGGCUUACUACACUAUUUCUCACCUGCUGCACGGUGAUCGUUACGGUAAGACCGUUGGUCUGCUGAACGUGAAGCCCGAGCAGAUGAUCGAUGAAGUCUGGGACUACAUCUUUACCCGCCGCGAAAUCAGCGAUGACCUGAUUUCUAAGAGCGGAAUCAGCAAGGAGGCUCUGCAGAAGAUGCGCCGUGAGUUUGAGUACUGGUACCCUCUCGACGUCCGUGUCUCCGGCAAGGAUCUUAUCCAGAACCACUUGACCUUCUUCCUGUACAUUCACAUCGCUCUCUUCCCCGAGGAGUACUGGCCCCGCGGUGUUCGUGCCAACGGUCACCUGAUGCUGAACGGUGAAAAGAUGAGCAAGAGUACUGGUAACUUCCUCACCCUUAAGGAUGCCGUUGAUAAGUUCGGUGCCGAUGCUACUCGUAUUGCUUUCGCAGAUGCCGGUGACAGCAUCGAGGAUGCCAACUUCGAGGAGGCUGUUGCCAACAGCAACAUCCUGCGUCUUCACACCCUCAAGGACUGGAUUGAGGAGAUUGUCAAGGAUGAGACCCUCCGUACUGGCCCGUCCGAUUCAUUCCCCGACCAGCUGUUCGAGAACGAGAUCAACGCUCUUGUCCGUGAGACCCAGAAGCACUACCAGGAUACUAACUUUAAGCUUGCCCUGAAGGCCGGUCUUUUCGACUUCACUAGCGCUCGUGAUGCUUACCGUGAGGCCGCUGCUGCCUCCGGCGUUGGCAUGCACCGCGAUGUUCUUUUGCGCUACAUCGAGCUCCAGGCUCUCAUGCUUGCCCCCGUCGCUCCUCACUGGGCUGAGUACGUCUGGCUUGAGGUCUUGAAGAAGACCGAGUCCAUCCACUACGCCAAGUUCCCUACCGUGCCCGAGCCUUCUGCCGGCCUCUCCGCCGCCCAGGCUUACGUGCGUAACACCUCCUCUUCCAUUCUCUCCGCCGAGGCCAGCUACGGCAAGCGUCUUUCCAAGGGCAAGAACAUUGCCUUCGACCCCCGCAAGCCCAAGAAGGUUACCAUUUACGCCGCCAAGAAGUUCCCUGUCUGGCAAGAGAAGUACAUCGACCUUGUCCGCGAUGCCUUUGAUUCUCUCACCGUCUCCAUCAACGACAAGGAGCUUAACGGCAAGAUCGGCAAGCUUGGUGAGAUGAAGAAGGCUAUGCCCUUCGUUCAGGGUCUUAAGCGUCGCCUGAUCCAGUCCCGCGAGACUCCUGAGACCGUCUUCGACCGCAAGCUUCCCUUCGACGAGUUCGCUGUUCUGGCCCAGCUUGUUGGUGGCCUGAAGCGCUCCGCUGGCUACAAGGAGAUUGAGAUCAUUGCCGUUGAGGAAGGUGGCAAGACCGGUGAGGUCGUUGGUACUGGCGAGAAGAGGGAUGGUCUUUCUGCCGAGAACUCUGUUCCCGGACAGCCUACCUUCUCUUUCUCCAACAUUGAGUAG